AUGACAAUGUCACUUACGAGUGAUUUACCUAAAGAGUUUCCUGAUGCAGUUUGGAAUGCUAUUGCAGCGUAUCUCCCACAGCAGGAUGUUGUCAAUCUGGCUCUGGUAAAUUACAGACUUUAUGUGAUAGCGAUUAGGAAUCUGUAUCGAAAUCUAUGGUUUAAGAAAUCUGUGGUACUCCCUAAUUGUCAUCUUGAAAGUGCUGCCUAUUGGACUCUAAUUGGAAGCUCAAGUAAUGUAUUGGCAAAGAAAGAACUUCAUAAUCAGAUCUUCAAAGCCAGACAAGCCGUGCUGCUUCAGAGUUUAACAAUCAAUCCUGAACUAUUGAUUUACAUUGAAAAAGUGGCUAUCUUUGAAGAUUCCAAUAGUGACGACACUGCCCAAAUCAAUGAGAAAUUGAUCGAAUUAAUAAAGGGAAACUGCUUGAAUCUUCAGAGUUUUCAAGUUUUUAACAAGAAUAGAGACCUUCAUCUGUCUGAUCGAGAGCUCCCGCACCUCAAGAAGCUGAAAACUUGUGCUAUCAACCAUCUUUUGCAAUUGCAAGAAUUGCCAACCAGUUUGAAACAUUUACAUGUCAAUCUUCUUGAUACAUAUAAGAUCGAGAAAAAUGCGUGUUUGGAAACCAAGACGGCUCUGCUUCGAUUGUAUGGUCUUGAAUCUUUGUACUUGUCAUCAGACGAAAUCUCAACCUUAACUUUCCUACACUUCGUAAUCAAUGAUCUUAAGCCACCAAAAUCAAAAAAGUUUCAGUUCAAAACCCUUAAAAUCAUUUACUACCACGGAUUCAACGAUUACAACGCAACCUUGAGGGAUCUUAUACUAUCAUUCAUAUAUGAUUACUGUGAUUUGAGUGCAUUGGUCAACUUGGAACUAGUUUUGGGCUGUGAUAUUCCAAACUGUUCGUGCUUGCCUUCAUUUUCUGAUGAACUGUGUGAAAAAGGAAAAUUAACUAACCUACGCAAACUCGCAUUCAUUGAGAAAACUGAGCAAAAACGCCAUGAUUUCGUUGAAAAUUGGGAUAUUUCAGUUGGCAGACUGAUUCUCAAAUUACCUGCAACUCCCGAUGUAGAGUAUUUGUCUAUUCGUCACAGUCCUCCCCCUGACGGCAACCUUGAAAACGGUUUAGAGGGAAACUUCAUAAGGAGAAAAAAUCUGUACCAAGAUGUUUUACCUAAGCUGAGGACUCUCCGAGUUUUGAUCUCGCCAUCAUUUUUUGCAUCCUGUGCAUGUUAUGAAACUAUAACUUCAGAUCUUUUGUGGAAUGGGUGUAACUGUGAAUUUUGUUCCAAGUAUCUCUCUCUUUUUGAUGAGUACAUAAUGAAACACUUCUAUCUUGACACGUCUAGUGGACUUUUAAAAGAUGUUAUUUCUCCAAGAUUUUUUGCAGCAGCUGCCAACUCUUUGGCUAGGCGGAUGUUUACACCCAGUGACGUGAUGCACAAUGCUUCGGAUUUGGAUUUACUAAGUUUCCCUCCAACAUUGAGCACUUGGGACUUCCAUGGAUACUCAUAUUUCAUGCAUCAAGAUGGCUACAACUGUGAAUUUAAUCAGAGCCUCUUCCCGCAAUUGGCAAAGGUUAUCAGCCACUUCAUGGAUGACUACGUCCAAGGGUGUAUGAAGCGCCUUCCACUUCUGUCGUUCUGUAUUCUCAGCGGAGUAUACUUUGAUACUUCUGACAGACAUUCUACAGGAGGACCCAAGAGUCUCUUUGAUGACCCUGGAACGAAGCCAGAUUUAGUUGUUAAGGAUCACUAA